AUGGUAGGCACGACAUUAGUAAGAAUGGCUAUCAAUGUAAUGAAGAGUCAAAACGCUGAUGAGAUUGUGCUUGAAACUGAACACACCAAUGUUGGUGCACUUUCAUUAUACCAAAAUCUGGGAUUUAUUAGAGACAAAAGAUUAUAUCGGUACUAUCUUAAUGGCGUGGACGCAUUUCGACUAAAAUUGUUUUGUAGAGAUGGCGUUGCAAGUGGAGCAGAAAAUGACAAUAAUUUAAACAGAAAUCAAGCAUCAACAUCAACAAAGGAAAAUGAUAGUUGUUUAAAUAGUAGCAAUAUUAGAAAUUAA